AUGCGUGUUUGGUAUCACAGAUCUGAUGAAAAGUUUGUGAAAGCAGCAGAGAGGCGACCACCACCGCCACAUCCUUUGACGAAAUUCAGUUUUCGCCUGAAUGCAGCAACAAGAGGCUUUUCAGAUAGUUUCAAUAAGAAAGAUGUGCCCAUUGUCUUUAAGUGUUCGCCCGAUACUUUGCUCAAUUUGUGUUCGAAAAUAGUAGAUGCCAUGCCAUUGGUCAAUAUUUACGAAUGGAAUAUUGAACAUAUAUGUCGUUGGUUAAGACAAUUGGGUUAUCGGCAAUAUCAGAAUACAUUUCGUGAAAAUCUUAUUAAUGGUCGAACGUUGUUGCUGCUAGAUGCUUCGGCUUUAUCCGCCAUGAAUAUUAGAGAUUUUACUCAUACACUUGACAUUGCAUAUCGUAUACGAUUGCUCUUCUUUUACGAGAUGACCACAUUUGGACGUAGUAUUAGCUUGCCAUCUGAAUUUUUAUUUGAACUAUACAAAUUAUUUCGCACAAAAACGGGGAAGAAAUAUGAAGAUGUAAGACGCGUGGAUUUAUGGCGUCGUAUGCAAAUAAUACGAGAGAAGGCUCCCAAUUACUCACACUGGGAAUUGUUGGAGCGUUUAUUAGCAAAAGAAAAGGAUCGAAAAUCGUACGAUCGUUUUGGAUAUGCGCCACGCCAUAAAUUAUAUAAAUGUAGUAAUACUGUUACCGUCGAACCGGAAAAACAGAGCAAAGCAAAAAAACUUGCUUGCUAUUGUUUACCGCCUUGUGACUGCCACUGGAAACCUACGGACUUACGCGUGCCAUGGCGUUUUAAAUUUCUUUCUUAUUUACCAGCUGAGGAUGGUGAGUUUGUAUUAAAUUGCCCGACUUGUUUAAACCCUUGCACUUGUCGUUGGAGUUCCAAAAAGUUCAUGACUCAUGGUGUGCUUAGCUGUUUGCGAAAGGCCUUUCCUCAAAAAUAUAGUGGCACAUAUCAGCCACCUUCGGCAGGUCUGAGCAAAAUUCGCGUUUAUCGCUUAUCAGCCUCCUAA